CCUCGGAGACCUCUUCCCGCCUUCGCCCUCUACUGGCCACCUGGAGAAACGUCCCUUUCUCUCUCGUCCUCUCUACAGAGCCCUGAGGCUCUCUCUAUGAUCUGAGGGAUGGCCGUUCUUCAGUUCCCUCCCCUCUUGUCAUUCCGAGGGUUGGGCAUUGUGGGAUGGGAGCGGACUCCGGGCGGCAAGUCAGCCUUGCUAUAGUUAGUCAGAGAACGCAGCUUUCGAGCUGGAAGAGGAAAAGGAGAAGUCGAAACCGAAGAGGAGGCGGGGCCUCCACCCAGUGGCGUUAUGCCCCUCACCACAGCAAAGGUGGCCACACGGCUGAGCCAAGGAAUCACUGCAAAAAGAGCAGCCGUGGCACUGUUGGUGGCAGCAUAUGGGGCUAGGAAGUUGUACCCCAUCCUACGAAGACAGUGGGCUGCCUCAGACCUCCAGGUGAAUUCAGGGACCACCAGUCCCAGGGAAUCAACAGCCAAGUGGAGGGCGCUCGAAGAGGCCACCGCAUCACCACCUGGUGUGAACAAGGUGUUCUUUCUCCGUCUCCUUCGUCUCCUGAGAUUGUUGUUCCCCGGGCCACUGUGCCGGCAGACAGGACUCUUGGCUUUGCAUUCAGCUGCCCUCGCUAGCCGCACCUUCCUCUCAGUUUAUGUGGCCCAGCUGGAUGGCCGAUUGGCCCGCUGCAUUGUCCGUAAGAACCCACGGGACUUUACGUGGCAGCUUCUUCAGUGGCUCCUCAUUGCCCUCCCAGCUACUUUUGUUAACAGUGCCAUUCGGUACCUGGAAGGACAACUGAGCCUGGCCUUCCGUGGACGCUUAGUGGACCAUGCCUAUCAGCUCUACUUUGAGGGCCAGACCUACUACCGGGUCAGCAACAUGGAUGGACGGCUGCGCAACCCAGACCAGUCGCUCACAGAGGAUUUGGUGGCCUUCGCUAAUUCCAUGGCCCAUCUCUACUCAAACUUGACCAAGCCUGUCCUCGAUCUCAUUGUGACUUCCUAUACUCUGCUCAGUUCAGCUAGAUCAAAGGGAGCUGACACCGCCUGGCCCUCAGUCAUUGCUGGUUUGGUAGUCUGCAUCACUGCCAAGGUGCUACGCGCCUGUUCACCAAAGUUUGGACAACUGGUGGCUGAGGAAGCACGUCGGAAAGGAGAGCUGCGCUACAUGCAUUCUCGUGUGGUGGCCAAUUCAGAAGAGAUUGCCUUCUAUGGGGGGCAUAAGGUGGAGCUGUCCCUUCUGCGGCAUUGUUAUCAUGAGCUGGCCUCCCAAAUCAAUGUGCUGCUCCUGGAGAGACUCUGGUAUGUGAUGCUGGAACAGUUCCUCAUGAAGUAUGUGUGGAGUGCUGCUGGGCUGGUCAUGGUGGCUGUGCCAAUCAUCACUGCUACUGGCUACUCUGAGACAGAUUCAGAGGCAGUGAAACAAGCUGCAUUGGAGAUGGAGGAGAAGGAAUGGAUAAGCCUGAGGACUGAAGCUUUUACCACAGCACGGAGUCUGUUGACUGCAGCAGCUGAUGCCACAGAGAGGGUCAUCUCUUCCUACAAAGAGGCAACUGAGCUAGCAGGGUACACUGCUCGUGUAUAUGAGAUGUUCCAGGUAUUUGAGGAUGUGAAAUGCUGCAAUUUCCGACGCCCAGGAGAGCUUGAUGAGGGACAGACUCGGGCUGGGACAGUUAUGAAACAUGGUGUGCGUGUAGAGGGGCCACUCCAGAUCCAAGGACACGUGAUUGAUGUUGAUCAUGGGAUUAUCUGUGAAAACAUCCCUAUUAUCACUCCCACUGGGGACGUGGUAGUCACCAGCCUCAAUAUCCGAGUAGAUGAGGGCAUGCACCUACUGAUCACUGGGCCGAAUGGAUGUGGGAAGAGCUCACUCUUCCGGAUCCUGGGGGGGCUUUGGCCAACUUAUGAUGGCACCCUCUACAAGCCACCUCCUCAUCGAAUGUUCUACAUUCCGCAGAGACCAUACAUGUCUGUGGGCACCCUGAGAGACCAGGUGAUUUAUCCAGACACAUUCAAGGACAUGAGACGGAAAGGACACACCGAUUCUGACCUGGAACGGAUCCUGGACAUCGUCAACCUCAACUACAUUGUGCAACGUGAAGGAGGUUGGGAAGCAGUCAGCGACUGGAAGGAUGUGCUUUCAGGUGGCGAGAAGCAGCGAAUGGGGAUGGCCCGGAUGUUCUAUCACAGGCCAAAGUACGCUCUCCUGGAUGAAUGCACCAGUGCCGUCAGUAUUGAUGUAGAAGGCAAGAUCUUCCAAGCAGCAAAGGAUGCAGGAAUAGCACUGCUCUCCAUCACACACCGACCUUCAUUGUGGAAAUACCAUACCCAUCUCCUCCAGUUUGAUGGGGAGGGUGGCUGGCGGUUUGAGAAGCUGGAUCCUGCCGCCCGUCUCUCCCUACGGGAGGAGAAGCAGCGUCUGGAGCAGCAGCUGGCUGGAGUCCCUGAAAUGCAGCAACGUCUCAGUGAACUCUGUCAAAUCUUGGGUGAAGAUGCACCCUCUGCAAUGGGAUAGAUCUUUGAUUUGGUUGCCUUCCAACCUCCCUUCCCCGCUAGCUUGAUGAGAAGGACCCUGAUUGCUACACUCUCACCUCAGGAGCUGCACGAUAUGGCCAGUUUUUGUCCCAGCCAUCCAAGAAGCCGUUGAGGGCCCCCUGCUGGGGCCAUUACAUAUUUCUGGCACCCGUUAACUUACUCUUCUGCUUCAGUUUAGGGCUGGAGGAAGAGAGGGGUUGCCCCACACUGCCGACUAUCUCUGUAGCCAGCCCUUCCACUCCCCACACACGUGGUGCCUCAAUAUCCCCUGAUAGUACAAGUUCCUCACUAGUGGGAAUUGCGUUGCCCCACUGCCAGUCUCAGUUCUCUGUACCCAUGGACUUUUUGGGGUAACUUCUCAGCUGCUACCACCUCACCAACACAGAAACUUCAGCCAAACCAGUCACAGCUUUUCUUCACACAACUCCCGCAUGUGUAAUAUGAGGGAAAGCUGUGAAAGGAGCUCUUGCCAACCUCUUCCCUUCUGGCCCCCACAGCUAGGCUGCAAUUUGACUCCAUGGGCAGAUUUCUGGUGCCCAAAAUGAGGGACGUCUUCUCCUUUAAACAGCACUGGGGCAAAACAGCAAGUGAAGAAAUUCACAUUCCGCUGGGUUGGUUAUGUUCUAUGAAAUGCACAUGUUCUUUAGGCACUUAUCCAUCUUCUCACUAAGGAGCUGUUUGUAACACAGGGCAAGCUGCCUAGGAAGGGCCCAUAUCCACAGGACCGGUCUUCUGCGUAUGCUCAGCUGGCGCCAUGGUUCAGCACUUGGGGCCCUUAUUGACGAUUCAAACUGUGUUGCCAACAGCACAUCCUCUGGGAUCUCACCACUGCAUUCAGAGGAUGCUCAGUAGAUGUCAUGGGAAAGUCUUCCUGAAGUGGGAAGUUUAGAAAGCCACCGUUUGAGCUUUACUUUGAUUUUGACAUCUUGCAGAACCAUAGCGCAGCUUAAACUAUCAAGCCACUCCCAAGGCUUUGUCUACAUGGCUUAUGAUAUGGAGAAGGCUUGGGAGGAAAUGACCCUUUAUUUAGGGAGCUGCAUUUCCAGUACUUCAACAUCACUUGCCACUGGAAUUGGGACAGUCAAGUUGAAAUUACCUAGAGAGACUGUAGCAGAAUUUUCUUAGAAACAUUUCUAUUGUAAGUACUUGUUUGAUUUAAACUUGUCCAACUUUCUCAUUUCCUGUAGUCCAUAAGAGGCUAUGUGGGUUGUGUUCCCAAUUCAUUUAGUCCCUUGCCUGAAGCAGAGUAUAUAAAGACAUAUUUAUAUACAAACAAUAGAGCUCUGCCAAUUUAUUUUCAUUGGAAUAAGCUCACAGCCUGUCUUGACUGAGGAAAGAGCAUGGUAGCUCCUGUCUUAGUUGCUGUGUGCAUCUUAUUUUAUCCUGCCACUUUAGCUGAUAGGACUUGGAGAGGGACUAGAUAGGAAAAGAGUAGCUGGGUUCCCUUUUAUAAGAUCUAAAUUAGAUUGUUACCUUCCACUACUGUUAUACCAGUGUUGGUCUGCCUCUCCCCCCCCCUCAAAAAAUCUGAGCCAUGAAGGUGGUGGGGGUCCCUGCUGUCAUGGGUUAAAGUACUGAUAUCAAUUUUCUCCCUAUGAAAUAACAGGCCAGCACACUAUUAUUAGUGUUAGCUCCAAGGCCCAUCAAGCUUCCUUUUACUAGCAACUCCAUUAAAUUUGAUAUCAACCCUGCAGCCUGUCUUGGCCCGUCCAACACUUGGCAAUUCCUUUGUUUUCCAUAAUUUCAAGUCACUCUGAUCCCACUCACAACAUCCUCCCCCGGUAUGCACACUUGGUUGAAUCUGCAUGUGCAGAAUAAUGAGGCACUUUGUGGGGGGAAAAAACUGGACAAGGUUAGAUUUUUGCAAUCUGCUAUAUUCUUAAAAAUACUCCCUCACCCCUCCCUCAUAAUUAAACAAAACAAAGAGCAGCACAACAGGAAGAAAGCUUGAAGAAGAACCUUUUCUCCCACAUAUGCCACUUGCUGAAAUGUUGGAUUUCUGUGGUCACUCAAAAGCCCAGUUCCUAUCUCCACCCUCCAUGCCUGUAGUUUGAAGUAAUACUGCUCACUUUGCCACAUUCAGCUGCAUGAGCAGAUGUAACCUCUCAGCUCUGCUUCUUUGUAGAAAUGAGAAAGUUACAUUCCCACAGCUGCUGCUUCCUGCAAACCAAAAGAGAGACUCUAACACUUCAGAUCUGCUGUUCUCUGGCAUGUCCUUUAGUCCCACAAGAACUUGUGCCAGUGAGGGAGCUUCAUUGCUUAUGACCCCAUUGCUAUAUUUUCCAGCCAUCAACCCAUCCAGCUUAGCUGUCCCAGUCUAACCAGUAAGGUCCAAAGCAUUUACAGGGAGGCUUCAGUCUGCGCCAAGCCCCCUAGAGUAAAAGCCUUGCCCUGUUCCAUCUAGAACAGAUCUGUAAUCCUGUCACUGGGUUCACAGAUUGCACUAAGCCAAAUGGGAUGGGUUGGUUUGUGAUGUAGUGCAAUAUGUAAACAUAGCCGUUGUGAUUUGUAAAAUAUGGUUCUCACCUUGGCAUGAAUCCAUCCAGCUAUCUUAAUCAACAAAACAUGGUUUAAAAUGGAGUUUUAGAAUGAUGUGUGAAGCCUGUCAGCACAUAAGAGCAGCUUGGAUAUUGGAGGGAGGUUGCAGAUGCUGAGAUACUUGAUGAAGAAAGUUCAACUUUUUUCCCCCUCUCCUCUACUGUAUUGUGUAAGUGGCUAGUUUUAUUUAAUUGCUGUGUGUCUGUGUUUUGUAAAAUAUUUUCAAAUUGCAUUCUUAGAUCUAUUAUAAGCUAUUUUUUGAGCCUAGUACCUGCUAUCUACUCCUCCAGGACGAAAGCAAGCAAAGCAGUUUUAUUGCUUAUGGGGAGGGGAAGAGAAAACAGCAAAAGCCAAAGAGUGUGCCAUCGAGAUUGAGUAUGUGUCAAACAUAAGAUUCUCACUGCAGCACGUAGCUAUUCCCAUCUAUUAGUUCUGAUGUCAAAAUCAUACAAACUAUGCAACAAAGACUUCCUUGGUGGUUUUGUACAGGCAGGACUACCCACCCCAGUCUUUCUCCUGUCCUUACAGUGCCUUUUAUGCUGGCAAAGCCAGGUUUACUCAGAUGAUGUUAAUAAAUACAAUAGAACACAAA